AGGAGCAGGAGCCUCGCUGAGGAGCGUGUGAGGCAGAGAGUGUAGGCCGGGAGGCGGACCAGUGAGCCAGCCACGAACGAAAUCACUGUUAAAAGUCGCGCCGGCGGCGGCGGAAGAGAAGCGAUCGGCCCUGACGUGACGGAAAACCGGGGCCUGGCCGUGUAGGAAGAGCCGCCGCAGCCGCCGCCACCACCACCACCACCACGCCAGUUCCAACCAUGGCCGAGACGAAGGACACACAUGAGGAGCAUGAUCCAGCAACUGACAAUGUAGAUGAUUCUAACCAUGACCCCCAAUUUGAGCCUAUAGUUUCUCUUCCUGAGCAGGAGAUCAAAACUCUUGAAGAAGAUGAGGAAGAACUCUUUAAGAUGCGGGCAAAACUGUUCCGGUUUGCUUCAGAAAAUGAUCUACCAGAAUGGAAAGAACGAGGCACUGGUGAUGUAAAGCUUCUGAAGCACAAAGAGAAGGGGACCAUUCGCCUCUUGAUGAGGAGAGAUAAAACCCUAAAAAUCUGUGCAAAUCAUUACAUUACGCCUUUAAUGGAGCUGAAGCCUAAUGCCGGCAGUGACAGGGCAUGGGUGUGGAAUACACAUGCUGAUUUUGCAGAUGAGAGUCCUAAACCAGAACUUCUGGCAAUUCGGUUUUUAAAUGCAGAAAAUGCACAGAAAUUCAAGGCAAAAUUUGAAGAAUGUAGGAAUGAGGUUGAUAAAGGAAAGAAAGCAGGAACAGACAAAAAUGAUAGUGCUGAUAAAGUUGCUGAGAAAUUAGAAGAACUUUCUGUAAAGGAAGAGAGCAAAGCAUUGGAGAAGAAAGAAGUCAAGGAGAAAACUGAAGAAAAGCAAUAAAUCAUUUUGGGCCUUGUGUUUUCUUUUUUCUUAAUUUUUUUAAUUUUUCAAGGGACUUUAUAAAGAACUGUAUUCCAACAUCCAAAUUUUUUUUCUAAGCUUUUGCCCUUUUUGAAGAGAUCUUCAGAAAAAAUCCAUUCCCCAGUCAUGAAAAUGUACUGUGCUAAACUUUCUUUUCCAUAGUGGAAACACUUAUUUAUAGUCAUCCAAGAGAGUGAAUAAAGCUUUGAAAAUGUUAUCAAAGGACAGAAGUGAGUUUUCUGUAUGCUUCAGAUGUGUGACUGCAAUUAUUACUUUCGGUUAUAUUUUUGAGUGCAUAUCUUUAGAUGAGCUGAUGUAGUAUAACUGAAUUAUACCAUAGGAAAAAGUGCAAGUAAUAAAGAUGUUUCUUGUAUGUUAUGACUGAAAGCUGUAAUGACUGAAACAAGAUACUCUAUGCUAAGAUUCCUUUUCUUGUAAUUGGGGGUUUGAGUGAACUUGCGUGUUUUUGUGCAGCUUUAUUACAGAAAAUGGCAUGUCCCUUAGAAUGUAAUGUCAUAAUCCUACAAUGGCCAGCUAUGUAUUUCAACAUACUUGUGGUUUCUAACGGUCACUUUUAGAUGAUGGAGCAAGGCAGAACAUAUAUUUUGAAUUUGUUGUGACUGAAAGUGGGUAUUGAUUGGCAAUUAUGCAACUUUUAAGGCUAUAUUUCAGAAAUGUUUUUCUUGAUGCUGAACAAGAAUGUACUAUCUAGAAAAAUCCUUCUGGGUUACAGACUUUUUGUGGUAUAGAUGGGACAUAGAGUCCAGUUAGACUCUAAAUCUAUCUUAAACAUCUUUAGCUUAAGUCUAUCCAACUAGCACAGAUACUAAGAGUUGUAUGUUUAUAUGCCCUAUUCUAUUUUGCUGUCUUAAUAACAUACCUAUUGAUUUCUGGGGAAAUGGGAGGAAAUGACUUUGGCCUGUGGGAAAAUGUAGUGUCUUUCUAACACCUCUGAGUACAGGUAUUAAAAUUUGAGCUCAAUCCUGUCAGUCAAGGAUAGAACGUGGUUGGGCAAAUUGAACGUUUAAGUCUUCAGCAUUAUAUACUUAAAUUCAAAUGCUCACUUACUGUAGGCUUCCUACCAAGUGCCAUUGAUAUUAAACAUGGUUAUCCUGUUACAUUCAUUGCAAGGGAAUCGUGUUUCCAUGCAUGAGACAUUUGCAAUCUCCACCCAGGUACACCAAAAGGUGUUCGUAGCUAGACCCUGCAUCCAGCAUACAGGGUUAUCCUCAUGCUGCUACAUGGAUGCUAGUUUUGCAUUUCAAAUUGCAAAAUAGAUGAUAUGCCAAUCAGGAUUGCAGAGAAGAGAUAUUCCUGCAUACAGUUCAUGGUUGCACAAGUGUAUGUUUGGAUUUGGGCUUGUCUCCAUCGAAGUCCUCUUUUUAUAAAUUUAUACUGUCCCACCUCUGUUUGCUGUGUGAUUUCGCCAAAACAUAGAGGCUAUAUCAUAUGUAUGAGGUGAGAAUUACUGAUGCAGAGUCUUUAAAGGUCCAAGCUUCCCAUGUCUACAUAUACUGUAUCUUGAGUGUGGGCGUGUGUAGAUGUAAAACAUUCCUUUUCCUCUUGUUUGUAACUGUAUGCACAGCACUUAUUUUGAAUGCAAAUCCUUCCACAUUCAAGUGAGUGGGAAAACUUCCAUUUGGAGCGCAUCCUUGGUCUUUUCAUGGAACUAUAAACAUUUCCUUGAUUCUUUCUCUAAUAAUUGUAUCUGAGUUUGAUGUGUGUGUGUUCACUAAUUCCUUCCUGUUAAUUGCACAACUAGUGCGUACUGUUAGCAGCAUAGUGUUUUUGCACUGUCGUGUUUGACUCUUACACUUGAGUCAGUCAAGACGGCUAGUAAAUAUCUGGACCUUUCUUUGUGCGUGGGGCGGCCUGCAGAAAUACCUCAACUGGUCCCUUAAGGACUCUCGACAGUAUAUUUGAUAGCAAUGUAUUUGAAAGUGAAAGGGCAUUGUCUGUCUCUCCAGAUAUUGCAUCUGUGAAAGUCACCAUAAGUGGAUUCUGAUUUAUAUUGUCAAAGGGAGACAUUUUGCUCGCAUAACUUCAGAAUAAAUUUAAAUCUAAUCCUUA